AUGUCGUUGACUCCCCCUCCCUCGGAGAGGAAAUACCCUCAGGAUGCCGUGGUUUCGGAUUCUGAUCAGGAUUCCAUUACCGGUAAUUCCGGCGUCAAACGCAUCGAGGCCAUUUCGUCGCAAUUUCGUCUCGUAGAUCGCAUCGUUCUGUUUUGCGGUAUCUUCUUGAUGGCCUACGUUUAUGGUCUUGAUGGCACGGUCCGAUACACGUAUCAGCCCCUGGCGACUGCAAACUUCGGUUCUCAUAGUUUGCUGGCCACGAUUAAUGUUUUGCGAUCGGUUAUCGCUGUUGCUGCACAGCCGACUGCAGCCAAAAUUGCCGAUGUAUUUGGUCGCGUGGAACUCAUUCUGUUCUGCGUAGUGACUUACACUCUGGGAACGGUGGUCGAAGCCGCUGCGACCAAUAUGGCCACAUUUUGUGCCGGCGCAGUAUUGUACCAGAUCGGUUACACUGGCAGUCUGCUCCUCGUUGAAGUCCUUAUUGGCGACGUCACCUCCCUUCGCUCCCGAUUGCUGUUCUCUUAUAUCCCCGCGACGCCUUUCAUAAUCAACACAUGGAUUAGCGGAAACGUGACAUCCUCCGUGCUGAAGGUUACCACAUGGCAGUGGGGUAUUGGCAUGUUUGCCAUUAUCUUCCCAGUCUGCACGAUUCCUCUCUUCGCUGCUCUAUUCUGGGGACACUGGAAGGCCAAGAGAAACAAUCCAGAGGCAUAUCGCAGCACGCUCCAGAUCAUCGGCUUUCGUAAAUUUUCGACCGAAUUGUUCUGGUAUCUGGAUGUGGUGGGGAUGAUUCUGCUCAUUGCUAUCUUGGCUCUGAUUCUGGUCCCUUUCACUCUUGCCAGCGGCUCUUCUGAUCAGUGGAAGACGGCCAAGAUCCUCGCACCUCUCAUCAUCGGUCUUUUCUGCAUUCCGCCGUGGGUGUACUGGGAGAAGACUUGCAAAUAUCCGAUGGUUCCGUUUAGGUUGUUGAAAGAUCGCGCUGUAUGGGGAGCUCUUGGAAUCGCGAUGAUGCUCAACCUAGCGUGGGUUAUCCAGGGAGAAUUUCUGUACACCGUGUUGAUCGUCAGUUUUGACGAGACUGUGACGAGUGCGACGCGUAUCACGUCUCUUUAUAGUUUCGCCUCCGUCAUCACCGGCUGUAUCUGCGGCUUCGUCGUCCUGAAAGUGAAACAAUUGAAACCUUUCAUUGUCGCAGGAACCUGUCUCUUCAUGGUCGCAUACGGAAUUCUCAUCCACUUCCGCGGCGGAUCCAGCGGAUCCAGUCACUCGGGCAUCAUCGGAGGUCAGAUCCUUCUCGGUAUCGCGGGCGGUCUCUUCCCUUACCCAGCGCAAGCCAGCAUCCAAGCCGCCACCAAACACAACCACCUCGCCGUAGUAACCGGUCUCUACCUCGCAACCUACAACAUCGGCAGCGCAAUCGGCAACACAAUAGCAGGCGCCAUCUGGCGGCAAACGCUCGAAAAAGAACUCACCUCCCAACUCGGCGACGCAACCCUCGCGUCCACCAUCUUCGGCGACCCGUUCACCUUCGUGGCCUCGAACCCGAUUGGCACGGAACAGCGCGAUGCUGUGGUGUUGGCGUACCGGCAUACGCAGCGUUUGCUUUGCAUCACGGGUAUUUGUCUGACGGUGCCGUUGAUUGCAUUUUCGUUGUGUAUUCGCAAUCCGAAACUUACGAAGAGUCAGAGUUUGCCGGAGGCUGAGAGGGAGGGUUAG